ACUUGGAGACAAAAAAAUCUUUUCAUCCCCGUAACUCAUUGUGCCGAACAUUUACGGAAAGUUUCGUCAAGAUCGGAUGUACGGUGCCGGAGAUAAUUUCUGAGGGGGGGCCCUUAAUAGACAAUUUUGUCUUAUCGAUUAAGUUUAGACAAUAGUGACAUUGACAAUGAAUGAAGUCAUCGGCUAUCGAUGAUUCUGAAUUUCGAAUCAAUGUUUGUUUACGGAAAACAAGUAGAAAGUACAAGUUUUGAGAAAAAUUAUCUCUCUAUUUUUCUUGAAUCAGACCAUUGAUAAGGCUAGAAAAGUCAGAACUUUUGUUUUCUUAGAUUUAAGAUAUUUGGAAAGUUUUCAAAAAACCAUCUCAGUUUGUUAGAUUCUGCGCUCAAAAAUAGAAAAACAGAAGCUCUUUUUCUGUUUUGAAUCAAAUGCUAUUUAAAAACUGGUCGAGUUCAUUGGGUUUUUUUUGACGAGCAAGUUCAGAUCACUAAAGGAAAAAGAGAGGAAGAAUCUUUUAGCUUCAACUGCGAAUUGAUUGUUGUAUUUCAAUCUUUGUAUUCGUGGAGUCAUGUCAUUUGUUUUUGUUUUUAUAUGUUUUAGCUCGAAGGCAACGAAAAUGAAAUUAAAAGUUUUAUGAAUUUUAUAUUCAAAGGUGUAUUUAUUCAUCGAUACAGAGACGUUGUACCUGAUAUACGUUGUUUAUGUAUGAGUGAACUUGGAGAAUGGAUGAAAAAUUAUCCAAUGGUAUUUCUUGAUGAUAUUUAUCUAAAAUACAUUGGUUGGACAUUAUAUGAUAAAGUUGGUGAUUGUCGUUUACGAUGUCUACUCGCGUUAAUUCCUCUAUUUUCAACAACUGAUCUCGUUGGAAAAUUAGAAUUAUUCACAAAUCGUUUCAAAGAUCGUAUUGUUCAAAUGACAGUUGAUUGUGAAUAUGAAGUUGCUGUACAAGCAAUUAAAUUAUUAACAGCCAUCUUAAAAUUUAAUGAACGUAUAUUAGAAGAUAAAGAUUGUGAAAAUAUUUAUGAAUUAGUUUAUCAUUCACAUCGACAAGUGGCACAAGCAGCUGGUGAAUUUUUAAAUCAAAAAUUAUUUCAUAAAGCUGAAAUACCAUUAUCAUCUUCAACACAGACGAAAAAACGAAGCCAAAAUACAUCGUUUAUGCAUUUACUUGUGCAAUUUUUCAUUGAAAGUGAACUUCAUGAACAUGCAACUUAUCUUGUUGAUUCUAUGUGGGAUUUACAUCCAAUGAUGAAAGAUUGGGAAUGUAUGACAGAUAUUUUACUUGAAGAACCAGACCAAGAUGAUGAACCGCUUGAUGAUCAGCAUGAAAAUUGUCUUAUUGAAAUACUGGUUUGCUGUGUUAAAGAAGCUGCCACUGGAGAAUAUCCAAUUGGACGUGGACAACCGAACAGAAAGCUCAAUAUGAAAGAACAAAAACAAAAGGAAGAUGACAAAAAAAUAUUAACGGAACAUUUUAUUGGUACAUUACCACCUUUAUUAAAUAAAUAUAUAGCUGAUGGUGAUAAACUAUUAAAUUUAUUACAAAUACCGUUACAUUUCAAUUAUGAAACAUAUACAACAACACGACGUGAACGUGAUUUAGAUACAUAUUUAGGUGCAUUAAAUGACAUUGUUCAACGGCAUACAACUGCUGAAAUUUUUGAUGCAGUAUCAAAAUGUUUUGAAUGUGUUUGUGAUGUUAUUUUUACACUAUCAAAUCGGGCUAUUGCCUAUCGUGGUAAUAUUACGGACAAAAUUGUGGCUAAUUUUAUUGCAGCUAUGAAUAUUUUUGAAGAUAUGGAUGAAGCUGAUGAAGAUGAUUUAUAUCCAUUAUUAUUAAAUUUGAGAAAACUAGAUGCAUUUCAUCAAUGUCACGAUUUGGGCGCUACUGAUCUUUGGGAUAAAAUUCAUUUAUUAUUUAAGGCAGCUAUUGACAAUGAAGAUAUGUCACCGGAGAUUGUUGAAAAAUGUUUUGGUGUAGCUAAUCGUACCAUUCUUUGGGGUCUUGUUCAUCUUGAAACACAAUUUGAUCGAGAUUUAUUAAAGAAAAUUGUUAAACGAAGUCGAAAAUUAUCUGGUUUAUGUCAGAAAUUAAUGUUACAUUCAAAUCAACAAAUAUGUCAAUAUGCCUAUUCAACAUUAUGCGAUUUAUUAAUUAGUUUAAGUCCACAUUUAAUUGAUAAAAAUGAUGAAUAUAAAUCACUUGUUUUGGAUAUUAAUGAAAAUUUAAUACAAACAUUAUUAACAUUUUUAAGUACCUAUGUAUUUAAUGUUGAUGAACCAAAAGAUCAAGAAGAACAAGUUAAAAUUGAAGCACUACAUAAAAAACGUAAUCUAUUAGCUGCUUAUUGUAAAUUAAUUGUACAUAAUGUAUUGCCAAUUCAAGCGUCAACAAAUAUAUUGAAAUAUUAUGUUAAAUAUAACAAUGAUUUUGGUGAUAUAAUUAAAAAUACAUUUACACGAGCACGUGAUAUAUCAAAGAUUCAUACAGCGAAAACUAUGGCACACAGUUUAAUAGCAGUAUAUUGUCUUACACAUCGUGAUCAACAACUUGCAUCUUUGCCAAAUGAUGAGGAACGAACUAUACCCGUUGAUUUAUCUCCAUUGCGAGAAUUGGCAAGACGAUUUAAUUUAUCAUUUGGUCUUGAUAUGGGAAAACAACGUGAAGCAUUAGCCGCUCUUCAUCGUGAAUGUAUCCGUUUUGGUGUAACACCAUUAACUGAUCCAAUUGAUUCAACCAUGCCCGGACCAAAUGUAUUAUUUUUAGAAUGUUUACCAGAAUUUACAUCGAAAUUAUUUAAACCAGAUAAAAAAGCAAUCUAUGAUUAUUUGGAAAAAUUGGUUAAUAAUGUUGUCAUUAGUGAUAGUGAUGCGUGGGAACCAUUAAUACAAUAUCGCCGUGUAUUAAUGGAUGAAGGAGUAGCGGGAGGACAUACUAAAGAUUCUCGAGCUCGUUCUAGCACAGCUGCAAGAGGACGAAAACGAGUUCAUGAAGUAUCUGCAAUAGAUGAACUUUCACGAAUUUAUUUUGCUAGUAUGGCAAGCGGAGGUGGUGCUGAUAUGAUCGAAUUUACAAUUAAGAGUAAUGUUGUUUCCAGUGAAGCAAUUCGCCGAUUUAAACGAUCAAUGCCCGUUCAUGAACUGCGAAAUCAACUUGAACUAAUAACUGGUGCACAAGCAAGUACAAUGAAAAUUCAUGUGAAAGAUGAGCGUGGCACAGAAUUAUUUGAUUUGAAUGAUGAUUCACGUACAUUAGGUUCAUACGAUGUACACCCAAAAAUGGUAUUAUCGGUUGAAGACACAAAUGAUAAUAGUAGUCAUUUGUUUGAUGAUACUUCAAGUGUACCAAAAUAUGAGUUAUCUCAAGAAGAGUAUGCGUCGAGACAGGGUACAGCAAGACAAUUUUUACAAGAAAAUAAAAUUGGACGAUUCAAUCCAGAAGCAGAAAGACAAAAGGAAGAAAAAGAGAAGCAAAAAGAAGAAAAUGAAAAACGUCUAGCGACUAAAAUAAAAAUAUCGGAUAGAUGUGAAGUAGCUGUGGUAAACCAACCAACAAAACGAGGAACAGUUAUGUAUAUAGGAGAAGUUCAUUUUAAACCCGGUGUAUGGAUAGGUAUAAAGUAUGAUGAACCGCUUGGAAAGAAUGAUGGCAGUGUUGAUGGAAAAGUUUAUUUUCAAUGUCAAAAUAAAUAUGGUGCAUUUGUUCGACCGAGUUCUGUUAAAGUUGGAGAUUUUCCUGAAAUUGAUUUGGAAGAACUUUAA